ACCCGAUCGUCCUUUGAUGUGGUUUUGGCGGGGUGUAUCCCAGUCUCUUGACGAGUUCUCUCAGACUUUUGUUGAACUGAACAGCGCAACCACAGUGAAUCAUGGCAGAUAGUUGGGGGGGAAACCCUCGCGGCGGAGGUCGUGGAAGAGGGGGAAGAGGCGGAAGGGGCAAUAGUGGCGGAAGAUUCGGAAGUGGCGGAAGAGGCGGCAGAGGGUUUAGCGGAGCAACCGGAGGUUCAGGGUAUAAGGGAAGUUGGGGAGGUUCUGGUUCUGGGGGCGGGUUCGGAAGGGGAUCGGAUGGAGCGGGCGGAAGAAGGGGGGGAGGGGGGAGAGGAAGAGUGGGAAGAGGCGGAGAGAGGGGGGGAAGAGGCGGCGGUAGAGGGGACUGGGGAAGAUAUCAGGGGGGAACCGGCGGAGAGGUUGGGCGCGGGAGCUUCAGCCCGGGCGAUUCAAGGAAGCGGAAGUUUGAAGGCGCAAGCGGAAGUUCCGACGAGGGCGGAGGAGGAGGCGCACGCGGGCGAGGUUGGGGAAGAGGAGGCGGUCGCGGGGGGGACGGCGGACGGGGUGGGGGACGGGGCGGUGGACAGGGGCGAGGAGCGGGGAGGGGAGAGAGCGCUCCUAGCGGACCAAUGGACAGGAAGCAGAGGAAGGAGUUAGCGGAGGCGCGGAAAAAGCGCCGCCGCCCUCUCUUUGAUUUGGAAAAGGAGCUGACUCUGCUGUGGGAGAAGUCUCGCCAGAGGAACAUAGACAUGGAGAAAAAACACAAGCUGGUGACCUCAAUGAUUGCUAAGAUGAAGGGCAAGAUGAAGGACGAGAGGGAGAUGGUGUUCGCUGAGUUGAGGCCGCACUGCAGGGAGCUGGCCAUUCACCCGUAUGCCCACCACUUAGUCAACCGGAUGAUGGACCAUGCCAGCAAGGAGAAGAAGCACGACAUCAUAGGGCAGCUGCGGGGGCACGUGGUGGAGAUGAUGCGGCACCCUGUGGCCAGUGCAGCACGCCUACCAGCUCUCCACACCUCCCCAGCGCUCAGCUCUAGCGUCCGAGUUCUUCUCCCCCGAGUUCCGCCUCUUCCCCUCGCUCGCCCUCCCGGCUCCGGCCACCUCUCUGACCUGCUGGCGGAUCUCCCCACGGGCACCACCCGGCAGUCCGUGCUGCAGCACCUGGAAGCUUCCCUGCAGCCGAUACUGGAGAAGGGGAUCGUGGACCACUCGCUGUUCCACAGAGUGCUGGCGGACUACCUUCAAGUCAUCUCCAAGAGGGAGGUGGCGGAGGUCCGGCAGCAUCUGAUGGGCGCUCUGCUGCUGCGCAUGGUGCACACGAGGGAUGGGGUCAGGAUCGCCAACACCAUGGUUGCCCAGGCGACUCCUAAGGAGGUGCGGCGGGUGGUGAAGGCGCUGAAGGGAGUGGUGGCGCGCGUGGCGUGUGACGACCACGGCCACCUGCUGCUGCUGCAGAUGCUCGAGUCCGCCUCUUCCGGUCCUUUGACCCGGUUCGUGGUCAAGGAGCUCAUUAAAGACCUCUUCGAGGUCAUGCAGGAGCGGAUCGGCCGCCGGUUCCUGCUGCAGCUGCUCGCCCCCUCCUCCCACCGCUACCUGCCACCCGAUGCCGCCCAGGCUGUUGUGGUGGGCGGCAGAGUGGAGGAGGAGGGGGAGGAAGAGGAGGAGGAGGGGCAGGAGGAGGAAGGAGGGGAUGAUGAUGGAGAGGAGGGGGAGGAAGAGGAGGGAAAGGAGCAAGGGGGGGCGAUGGAAGAAGGGGAGGGUGAAGAGGAGGAGGAGGAAGGUCAGGGAGGUGAGGAGAUGGAAGAGGAUGAGGAGGAGGAGGAGGAGGGAGGAGAGGGGAGGCGGAGGAGGGUGAAGAGGGAGAGGAGGGAAAGGAAGGGGAUGAGGGAGAAGAGGGAGAAGAGGGGGAGGAGGGGGAGGAGGGGGAGGAAGGGGAGGAGGAGGAAGAGGCGGGGGAGGGAGAGGAAGGAGGUGCCACAGCUACGAAGUUCAGCAAGAGGAAGGGGAAGGCAGACGGCAAGAAGAGAAAGGCUGCUGCCGCUGCAGCAGCAGCAGAUGAUGAUGAUAGUGAUGAGGAGGAGGAGGAUGAGGGGGAUGAGGAGGGGGAGGGGGAGGGUGGAAGGGGCUCUCGGUCCGUUGCUAAGAGAAGGAAGCUUCUGAUUGAUUCAGGAUUGGGCGAGGAGAUGCUCAAGCUGGCAGCGGAGCAUGCGGGCGCCAUGCUGAGGUCUCAGUUUGCCUGCGAUGUCAUCUAUGAGCUUGCACGUGGAGGAGACUCGUCUCUCCUCGCCCUGCACUAUCCUACACUCCUCUCCGCCCUGCACUCAGGCAUCGCUGCUGAAGCCGCUGCUCCCCGCCCCCCUGCUGCUGCUGCUGCCAAUGGCGCUGCUGCUGGUGGUGAUGGUGCGGGCCAAGAAGGACAAGUCAAAGAAGGGCAAGGAGAAGAGCGGCAAGGUGCAGAAAGCACAGGAGGGGGGUGAGGAGGAGGGGGCAGAGAAGGGGGAGAGGAUGGGGAGCAGGCGGAGAAGCAGGGGGAGCAGCAGCCAAGCCAUGUGUUGGAGGAUUUCUUUGGCAGCAGAGUGCUGAGACGCCUGGUGGCAGAUGAGGAGCGCCAGGCCGCAGCAGCAGCUGCGACUGCAGCUGUGGCAGAAGGAGCAGCAGAAACUGCGAAGUCUGAAGAAGCGGCGGCUGCAGCAGCAGCAGCGUUGGAGGGGGAAGUUGAGCCUUUCUGUGCCGUGUUGUGGCGAGAGGCGCUGCGAGGGCGGUGCAGGGAGUGGGGCACAGGCCACAGUGCCAAGGUGGUGGCAGCUCUGGCGCAUGCCCCUCACAAGCCAACAAAAGAUGCCGCCCUGGCAGAGAUGGCAACGUUUCUCGGUCUGCCCGAGUUUGCUGCACUGAAACGAUUGGUGGAGAGCCCACCCUCCCACCAUCACCAGCAGUAGUAGCUGCAGCAGCAGCAGCAGCAGGAGGGAGCAUACUGAGUAAAAAGAGCACCUAUUGUAGAACCACCGGAAUUGCAGAAGCUUGGCCACCUUUCUAGAAAAGAACGCGCUGUAGUCAGGACGUGUGCUGCACUGUACGCAUUCCAAAAUGCUUGAAAUGUGUCGCACAUGCAUAUGCCACUCACCUGGACCUCCAACGUGUAGCUUGGCGACGAUAAUGCAAGGCAAGGCAAUGUGUUGCGCAGUGCACAGAUUGGACAGGAAGGUGUGCUGAGUGGAGCUUUGGGUUUAGGGUUUAUGGAUGCAAUUACCUUGAACCAAUUGUGCCAA